AUGGCCGGAGACGAAGGAGAGGGCGUCCAGCUCUCGACAAGCCAGGAAGACACCCUGCAGACCUAUCUGGCAGUGACUGGCCAGGAUCGUGCUGCUGCUAUACCUCUGCUGAGACGCUCGGAGUGGAACGUACAGAUUGCCAUCACCAAGUUCUUCGAUGGAGAAGCUCCGGAUCCCGUCGAGGAGGCGCGGGCGGCCAUGGACUCUGGUGUCCCGCCUCCGAUACCUCAGUCUCGCCAGAAUCUAGCAGCCGAGAUGGCCUACUCCAACUCCAGCAUACUCUCAGCCUUGCGGCAGACAGAGCCAGCUCCCAGGAUAACGUCUCAGCUAAACGAUACCCCUCCGUUCCGGCCGCCUUUCAUACUAGCCGUCCUAUUUACCCCCUUCAGCCUCCUAUAUCGACUGCUGACGAACUCUCUCCGCCUCUUCGGCACCCUCUUCCCAUUCCUACCGCGGCUCUUCAACAACUUCUCACACUCUACGCUCUCCAGAAUCAACAAAUCCUCGCAGGGACGGCGGCCCCUUGCGCCAAAGGACACCGCCGCUCGAUUCAUACGGGAGUUCGAGGAGGAGUAUGGCUCGCACUCGUUGCCGUUUCUUGAAAACGGAUAUAACAUGGCACUAGAGAAGUCACACAAGGACCUCAAGUUUCUACUAGUCGUCCUGCUCUCUCCGGAACAUGACGACACCGAUACCUGGGUGCGGGACACUCUGCUCUCUCCGGAGGUCGUUGCGUAUCUAAACGAUCCUUCUAACAGCGUUCUACUCUGGGGAGGAAACGUACAAGACUCGGAGUCGUACCAAGUCGCCAGCUCACUUAAAUGCACAAAAUUCCCCUUUGCGGUGGCCAUUGCGCAUACUCCCAGUGUCUCUUCUACUGCCAUGUCCGUCAUCGGCCGGAUUCCAGGCCUUACCUCUUCGUCUGAAUUUCUUGAGAAGCUCUGUGCCGCAACCAGCCAACAUAAAUCAUCUCUCGACCGCGUUCGGUCAACGAGAGCAGAACAGCAAGCUUCACGGACACUACGGCAGGAACAAGAUUCAGCGUACGAGCGCUCUCUCGCCCAGGACAGAGAACGGGCUAGACUACGUCGUGAAGCGGAAGCUGAGCGUGAGCGCCAGGAAAGAGAAGCAAAGGAACAACAGGCUGCGGCUGAAAUAUAUGCCAAGAACCUUCUCCAGUGGAAGAGAUGGCGAGCCCAGUCGAUACCCUCAGAAGCACCGGCAGAUGACAAAGAUGCAAUCCGGGUUAGUCUUCGCUUAACUUCAGGAGAUAGAGUGAUACGUCGCUUCUCCGGCCAUGCAGAUAUAGAGGAAGUGUAUGCCUUUGUAGAAUGCUAUGACAUACUACAUCCGAGCGAGGCGGAGGAUGAAAGUGAACCGUCCGAAGUUACUGAGCCAGAAAAGUUUGAACACAAGUACGGAUUCCGUCUUGUCUCGCCCAUGCCCCGCGCAGUAUAUGAUCUGGAGGCUGGGGGGACGGUAAAAGACCGGAUUGGUCGGGGUGUUAAUUUACUUGUCGAAAGUAUUGAAGAAGAGGAAGAGGAGGGGGAAGAGGAUGAUGAAGAUGAGUGA